CUACUACCAGCUCGAUCAUAUCAUGGCUGAACGUGCUCACCAAGUUCAAGUCCACACCGGCCAGCAGCAGCAGCCUGCCCGUUAUGAAGGCGGUCUGAGACUCGGCAGUCAGAAAGGCGGUUUUGAAAGCGGCAGCAGCGGCGGUCCAUCAGCUAGCAAGAUCCUUGCAGUUAUCACUCUCCUUCCAUUAGGUGGAACCCUUCUAGGGUUUUCAGGUGUCACGCUUGCUGCAACCCUAUUUGGGCUAACACUGGCCACACCUGUUUUUCUCAUCUGCAGUCCGGUUCUUGUACCGGCCUCCCUAGCUGUGGCUUUCGCCGUGUUUUCCAUCUUCACGGCCGGGGCUUUUGCUCUGACGGGUCUUUCCUCUCUGUCCUGGGCUUUGCAGGGAUUUAGGCAGGCUACUGUUUCCAUGCAUCCACUGGAUGAUGCCAAGAGACGCAUGCAGGAGAUGGCCGUUCAGAUGGGUCAGAAGACUAAGGAUGUCGGUCAAACUAUUGAGACCAAGGCUAAGGAAGCCGGAAAGUGAUGAUCAAAUGUGGUAAA